AUGGAUUCCCUCGCGAUCGCCAAGCGUCGCGCGCGCGCCGAACACGAAACCAUUCGAGCCGAGACCACGAGCGGUCGAGCGAAAGCAUCCUCUCGGUUCACCGCCGCCGCGAUCGGUGCGACGCUCGGAUUCUGCGCCGUCGCGUACGCCAUGUUCGACGUCGCGGACGUGAAGAAUGCGGUCCGGACGGCGGCGCUGGGCGCGGUGAAGCGUGAGAUCGAGCGACGCGUCACGAAGGAGCGACGCGCGGGGGUGUUGCCGGGCCUGGGCGGACAAAAGGCGUUCGCGAGAGACGCGCCCGCGAUGCGAACGCCGAUAUUUAUGAUCUCCGUGGGCACCACCGGGGACGACGCGCACAUGAAAAUGAGUCUGGAGAAGUUACGGGACCGAAGUGGGUUGACGCCGGAGGAGAUCGCGUCGUUGGUGACGGUUUCCCCCGGCGUGGACGCCACGGCGUGGCCGAAUAACGCCAACUUGGCGGAUUUCGCGGUGAAGGACGUGCGGAAGAUGGCGAAGGAGAACGGUAAGACUUUGAUGGAACUUCCGUGGUUGCAAAUUUUGGAUUUGGCGAAGCAACAACCGGAUGGGAAGCUCCCGACAGAGUGGCGAAGGCUCUCGCAUCACGUCGGGUGCUUGUACGCGCACCUGUUCCAGUGGCAGCUCAUCAAGGAGAAAGGUUUGAAGAAGGCGAUGAUAGUGGAAUCUGAUGGGGUCGGUGCGAGUGAUUUACCCUUCGUCGAACUUCAGCGUGCGAUCGAUCGCAUGCCGGCAGACGCUGACGUAUUGUUCACUUCGUUCGGCAACUUCCAUGGAGGCGACUUGAUCGACCAGUGGAAUGGUCACGGCGACGACGGCACCCCGGUCCCGGUGCACCUGUACAAAUGGGACCAGUUCACUCCGGUCGCCGGCUUACAAGCAUACGUCAUCACGGACUCAUUCGUGCGAAAGGUUCAGGAGUUCAUGUCCCACAAGGGGGCGGACAUGGUUGACGCCUGGCUCAUCGGCAAGAUGUGCGUCGUCGGCAAGGACAAGGAUUGGAACAUGCGCGGCCUGGGCGAAACGCAGUUCAUGCCCCCGGGGUCUAAACCAAUCUUAAACUGUUACCACGCCACGACCUGGUCGUGA